CAAUUGAAUUUCAAUUUACUCUCUAACUAAAUAUCUCCGCCUUGUCGACCCUCAACACUUCACACGCUCUCCCCAUUUGUCUCUCUUUCUCAAGACCUAAACCUAGCUCUUCUUCGAAGUAUUCUUCAUGAAAGGAGGUAAAUCAAAGACGGAGACUAAGAACACCAAGCUUGCCGUGAAUAAGAAAGGCAAAGCUGGAGCGAAAUCGGGAAAAGCAGCCAAGGAUCCUAACAUGCCUAAGAGGCCUGCAAGCGCGUUCUUCGUUUUCAUGGAGGAAUUCCGAGAGACGUUCAAGAAGGAUCAUCCUAAAAACAAAUCCGUUGCCGUUGUCGGCAAGGCUGGUGGUGACAAGUGGAAGUCAUUGAGCGAAGCUGAGAAAGCCCCUUAUGUGGCCAAAGCGGUAAAGAGGAAAGCAGAGUAUGAGAAGAACAUGAAAGCCUACAACAAGAGACAGGCUGAAGGUACAAAGGAGGAGGAAGAAGUGGAAUCUGAAAAGUCUAUGUCUGAGGUGAAUGACGAGGAUGAUGAGGAAGAGGGCAGUGAGGAGGAGGACGAUGAUGAGUAGUAAUGUGCUCUCUGGGGAAAUAGCAUAGUGCCAUAGUCAUUUAGGCUGUGUGUUACAAUGUUCCAACAUCUCUUGUUUAUGUUUUGAUAUUUUUAUGUUUUAUCUUUUGCUCUAUGCUCCAAGUCAUUGUCUUAUUAGAACGUAAUAGCUGUGGAAGGAAAAUAUUGCCCACCAUAUGUACUCUUUAUCAAACCCUAAUGAUUUAGUGAAGUUCUUGAUUUGUAGAGAAUCUCUUUGCUUUUAUUGUAGUGUCUUUUGAAUA